UCAACUUAUUGCACUAGUUCAGCGGUGCAGCGAAAAAGAACAGACCUUCAGAUUGAGAUUGGAUUGAAAUUUAACCAAUCAGAGCAAAAUUCACUAAAUUCAAGUAUCUUAGCCGCAUUUUAAGUCAAUCUCAUUUCUAAUCUGAUAUAGGGCGCGUUCGAGGAGACGCUAUUUAGCACAUCAUUCUAUCUUUAUUACUCUUUACAUGUACAAUAAGGAUAGAAUGAUGUGCUAAAUAGCGUCUCCACGAACGCACCCACCCACAGACUUUGAUACUACCGGCAGCAUCAAGUAGAUUCUGGCUUUCACGUACGAAACUAAUCGUACGAACCCAAAAAUCGGGUCCCUGUGUGUAUGCGCUACCCAACUAUGAACCGUAUAUACAAUGAACCUUGAUCUAGCUACUGGCAUUGGAGACGAGUCUUUGGAUUGUCCGCAGACAUAAUUAACAAUUUUUUUGCGAGUGGUAUUAGGGUGUUACAAGGCUGCCUGAAUUGAAAGAAAGAAGGAAAAAGUUUCUAUUAUUCUUUGGUAGCAAUCUCGAUUUCUAAAUAUUUAACUAUAAUUUAACGUAUAUAUAAUAAAAAACGUAUCUAUAAACAUGGAAUCCAAACAAAUUGAGAAUACCGGUGAUGGAAAAAACGAGAAAGUUACUUGGAAGGAUUUAGGGAUUGUAGACACACUUUGCAAAGCAUGUCAUGAUUUAAAGUGGGAAGAACCCACCAGGAUUCAGCAGGAAGCUAUUCCUUUGACACUUGAAGGCAAGGAUGUAAUAGGAUUAGCAGAGACUGGAUCAGGAAAAACUGCUGCUUUUGCGUUACCCAUGUUACAGGCAUUAUUAGAAAAUCCUCAGAGAUAUUUUGGACUUAUACUAACACCUACGAGAGAAUUGGCAUUUCAAAUUUCAGAACAAUUUGAAGCAUUAGGUUCCAGUAUUGGUGUGAAAUGCGCAGUAUUGGUAGGUGGAAUGGAUAUGAGUGCACAAGCACUAUUACUUAGUAAGAAACCUCACAUCAUUAUUGCCACACCUGGAAGAUUGGUCGACCACUUAGAGAAUACAAAAGGCUUUAGUUUAAGAAACUUAAAAUUUCUGGUCAUGGAUGAAGCGGAUCGUAUAUUAAAUAUGGAUUUCGAGGUAGAAGUUGAUAAAAUUCUUAGAGUGAUACCACGAGAAAGGAGAACGUUACUAUUUUCCGCAACUAUGACUAAGAAAGUACAAAAACUGCAACGUGCAUCUUUACGAAAUCCUGUAAAAGUCGAAGUAUCUACUAAAUAUCAAACUGUAGAAAAACUACAACAAUACUAUAUAUUUAUCCCAGUGAAAUUCAAGGAUGUAUAUCUGGUGCAUAUCUUGAAUGAGCUGGCUGGCAAUAGUUUCAUGAUAUUCUGCGCAACCUGCAAUAAUACUGUGAGGACUGCUCUGUUAUUACGACAUCUGGGCUUCACGGCGGUUCCGUUGCAUGGACAAAUGUCUCAAAACAAAAGGAUCGCCGCACUUACAAAAUUCAAAGCGAAAAGUAGAUCUAUAUUAAUUUCAACGGACGUUGCUAGCAGAGGUCUCGACAUUCCGCAUGUAGAUAUUGUUAUCAAUUUUGAUAUACCCACACAUAGUAAGGAUUACAUACACAGAGUAGGCCGAACUGCGCGUGCAGGUCGAUCAGGUCGUUCUAUAACAUUUGUCACACAAUAUGACGUGGAGUUGUAUCAACGUAUAGAACAGCUGAUAUCGAAGCAACUGCCAUUGUGGCAUACGGAAGAGGAGGAAGUGAUGCUGCUGCAGGAAAGAGUGACCGAAGCACAGCGAAUAGUAAAAAUGGAGGUGAAGGACAUUGAGGACAGCAAAAGGUCGAAUAAACGGAAAAGGCGCGACAACGAAGAUGACACGGAACAAUCAAUCGGAGUGAGAAAACGAAUCAAAGGAAAUGGGAAGAAAAAGAAUGUCGCACGCGUGAUGCGCCGCUAACAAGAUGACCGUUAAUUUCAUUUUGAAUAAAAUGACUUAUCUCUCUCUUUCCACAACUUUUGCUGCUUCUUUAGGAGGUCCUUUUUUCUUCAAUUUAUAGAAGACUCGUCUCCCACUACGUUGUCGCAAUAACGUAAAAAUGUGUGCAAGAAAGAAAAAGGUUGAUAUCCAUUGUCACGAGCUGUCCGACGUAUUUAUCGUAUUGAGCGGUAGAAUCUCAUCGGGCCUCACCGGUAAAGCUAGCUGGACAAGAAAAGUUUGCUUUAGUAUAUAUCGAGUAAUAACUUACCGUCUAUAUUGUAUGUACGAUAUCUUGACAAGUUCGCUGCCGCGCUUCGAUUCUAAAACCACCAACGUAUUCAUUCUUUUUCUAGUAUAGAAUAGACUUUAUGUGAGCGCACAGAGAGAAAAAUUUCCGUUGUCACAUGUUAUAUGACGUAGUGUCAAUUGUUGCAUAUUCCACAAUUUAGAAAGUUAGAAUUUCCCGCUGUGUAUGACAGUGUUGAGACAUCUUGUAUACAAAAUAAUGAGCAUUUAAAACGAGGGAAAUUCAAAUGGGGCGGGCGGAUGGACCAAUCUUGAAAUCUCAAUAAAGAGAAUUCGACAAACUCGGCUCGAUUUCUUCUCUAUUGUUUGCUGCGUUUCCGUAAAUCAGCUAAGCCUCUUUGUCAGCCCUCUCUCGUGGAUCGAACACGAUACGAACGGAUUAGCGGGUGGAUUGUGGGAAUGUAAAUUUGUAGAAGAUGCUUCUCCGUGAAGCUCGGAAUACAAGUAAGGUUUCACAAUGAGGCAAACGUUGUUAUAUUAGAGAAAUCGGUACUGUAUUUCAACGACUUCGAGUCUUUGCACAGAGCAGCAAUAUGGUAUUUAAAUAUCACUCAAAUAAUCACAAUAAAAUAUAUUAUUAAGUAAAAUCACAAUUUGUAUUAUUUGCGGGAAACGCGUUAAUAAGGGAAAAUUUAAUUGAAGCCAGUUUAUCGAAGCAAAGUUUGUUAUUGUACAGUAAACAGAGAUUUUGUUUCAUUUGCAGGCUUCUAUUUGAACUUUAUCACGAAACGGAAUCCCGUUCACAAGAAGAAAUGUAGAGAUGAAGGAAAGCGUCCCUCUAGCAGGAAAAUGUUACGACGAGCGUUACCUACAGCUUUUAUACGCUACUGUAAAAUCGCUAAGUUCGAUCGAUUAGUUUUCAUAAAACUUCUAUAGAAAAUCAA